UUACUAACCUGGAGGAAGGCGAGCUAAGCAGAGUGACGGAGGAGGGUUAAGGACCCCAGAGGCAGACAAAUAAGGACGGACCGGGCAUCUUUUAUUCCAACAUGCGAGUGAAACCCCUCUAAGGGAUGGCAACGAUGGGUUAGACAGGAUUUAACAUGACUGCAAAAUAAAAGCCACUGUGUGUAAAAGAUGUCUGCUCCACACGGGCCCCGGGGCGGCCCUGGCCCUGCUGCUGCUACUCCCUCAGCGGCCGGCGCCAUGCCGGAGAUGCCGGACCUCAGCCACCUCACCGAGGAGGAGAGGAAGAUCAUCCUCGGCGUCAUGGACCGACAGAAGAAGGAGGAAGCGAAGGAGCAGUCUAUGCUAAAAAAAUUGCACCAGCAGUUUGAGUCAUAUAAGGACCAAGUUAAGAAGAUGGGGGAGGAGACAAAGCAGGGUCAGGACCAGAAGAGCGAAGCCCCAACCUGCGGGAUCUGCCACAAAACCAAGUUUGCCGAUGGCUGUGGCCACCUCUGUUCAUAUUGCCAAACGAAAUUCUGUGCUCGGUGCGGAGGACGAGUGUCUCUGCGGUCAAAUAAGGAGGACAAAGUGGUUAUGUGGGUAUGCAACUUGUGCCGAAAACAACAAGAAAUCCUCACCAAAUCGGGGGCAUGGUUCUACGGCUCGGGGCCUGAUCAAGCGCGGGGUGUGUUUGAGGGUGGGCCACAGGGGAAGAAGGCCAAACUGCAGGACCCGUCCCUAUACCCCUACCAGGGAGCCUCAGGAGACUUGACACCAGCGUCAGACAGAAACAGACCUCACGGCGGGCUCCUGCCCAGACAGGCGUCCCUUGACAACGGUUCAGGGCUAAGGAAACGAAGCCCGUCUGCAUCCAGGGAUCCAAACCAAAAAUACGACCAAAGGGAGGGGGGCGACCACUCACAGUAUGCCCCGACGGACGGCGGCAUGCCUAGAUCACCGUCUGACUAUGGGGAGGGGGACCCUCGGCGGGCUCCGCGGGGCCCACACAUGUACUCAGAUAUGGAUGCAGUGCGAAUGGGCUAUCGGGACCGUCGAGGUCCCGGUCGCUGGCACUCACAGGAAUACCCACUCGACCAGGAGCUAGAUGGACCGCCCAGUGAGUAUGACCUCCAGCGGCAGCGCCAGGAAGAGUUCCAGGCACGCUAUCGCAGCGAUCCCAACCUGGCACGCUACCCUGUUAAGCCGCAGCCCUACGAGGAGCAGAUGAGGAUGCACGCUGAAGUGGGCCGGCUAAGGCACGAACGUCGCCACAGCGACGUCUCGCUGGCCUACACGGAGCAAGAUGAGCCCAGCCCCAUCCGGCUGUCGCGUCAGCUUCUCACUGAGCGCCGGCCGCCUAUGGUGGGACAGCGCUCCUACUCCGUUGACCGGUCCUCACCAGGGCCAAUGGGUCCUGGCCUCGGAGGCCACAGAGGAAACCACAGCCCCCCAACGCCACACCGUAGUCCCGUUCUGGGUGACCGGUCGGGGGACCUGCGAAGAGGAGACCUGGGGGUAGGUGGGGAUAUGAUGAGGAGGCCGCAGCACCACUUGGACCCCAGUUCAGCUGUCCGCAAGACCAAGAGGGAGAAAAUGGAGAGCAUGUUGAGGAACGACUCUCUUAGCUCAGACCAGUCGGAGUCGGUGCGCCCGCCACCCCCCAAACCCCACAAAACCAAAAAGGGAGGGAAGAUGAGGCAGGUGUCACUGAGCAGCUCGGAGGAGGAGCUGGCCACCACGCCGGAGUACACCAGCUGUGAGGAUGUGGAGAUAGAGAGUGAGUCAGUUAGUGAAAAAGGGGACAGUCAAAGGGGAAAAAGAAAAACUAUUGAGCAGGCAUUUAUGUCCGAGGCGACACACACCUUAUCUGAGAGGCAAAAGAAAAUGGUGCGCUUUGGGGGACACUCAUUUGAAGAGGACUUGGCAUGGUGUGAACCGCAGGUUAAAGACUCGGGAGUUGAUACGUGCAGUAGCACUACGCUAAACGAGGAGCAUAGCCAUAGUGAGAAGCACCCAGUGACGUGGCAGCCGUCCAAAGAUGGGGAUCGCCUAAUAGGGCGCAUUUUGCUCAACAAGCGCAUGAAAGAUGGAAGUGUGCCUCGAGACUCAGGUGCUCUGCUCGGUCUGAAGGUGGUGGGAGGCAAGAUGACAGAAUCUGGUAGACUUUGUGCUUUCAUCACUAAAGUGAGGAAAGGAAGUCUAGCAGACACUGUUGGACACCUCAGACCAGGAGAUCAGGUGCUGGAGUGGAACGGGAAGCUUUUACAAGGAGCCACAUUUAAAGAAGUUUACAAUAUCAUACUAGAAUCCAAGCCGGAGCCGCAGGUGGAGCUGGUGGUCUCGCGGCCUAUAGGAGAUAUUCCAAGGAUACCAGACAGCACACACUCACAACUGGAAUCAAGUUCGAGUUCUUUCGAGUCUCAGAAGAUGGACCGUCCUUCCAUCUCUGUCACUUCUCCUAUGAGUCCCAGCAUGCUGAGGGACGCCCCCCAGUACCUGUCAGGACAGCUCUCAAGCCAAAGCCUUAGUAGAAGAACACCGCCUUUUGCCCCUAGGGUCCAGGUCAAACUGUGGUAUGACAAAGUGGGCCAUCAGCUAAUCGUCACCAUCCUGGGUGCCAAAGACCUGCCACCCAGGGAAGACGGCCGGCCCAGGAACCCUUACGUCAAAAUCUACUUCCUCCCUGACAGAAGUGACAAAAGCAAGAGGAGAACAAAAACAGUAAAGAAAUCCUUAGAGCCCAAAUGGAACCAGACCUUUAUGUACUCGCCGGUGCACCGGCGGGAGUUUCGGGAACGUAUGCUGGAGAUCACAUUGUGGGACCAAGCCAGGGUGAGGGAGGAGGAGAGCGAAUUCCUGGGAGAGAUCCUGAUUGAGCUGGAGACGGCUCUUCUCGAUGACGAGCCACACUGGUACAAGCUACAAACACACGACGUGUCAUCUAUCCCACUCCCACGUGCCUCCCCGAACGCACAGCGCCGGCAACUCCACGGAGAGAGUCCAACGCGGCGGCUGCAGAACAAAGGCUCUUAUUCACACAACUCAGGAUCCCAAAGGAUAAGUGACAGUGAGAUCUCAGACUAUGAUUGUGAAGACGGCGUUGGGGUAAUAACAGACUACCGGCCAAAUGGCAGAGACUUCCAGAGCUCCACGCUGUCGGUCCCCGAGCAGGUCAUGUCUUCUAACCACUGCUCUCGGUCAGCUGAUAUAAACAGGGUGCGGUCGCGCUCUCCCAGCGUUCCCCCACCCUCCAGCCAUUUUCUCACCCUACCUCGAACCAGACAUACUCAGCCUAUUGAUGACCCUCAGAAGGACCCCAGCCGCAACCAUCGUGUGUAUCCGAUCUGCCGCGAGGAAGCAGUCAGGUUACUGCGUUCCACUAGGAUGACCCGUGCCUAUUCAGAGGGCGCCUACUCCUCCGACUAUGACUACGAGAGGAGCCACGGAGCCAUGGAUAGACACGAGUAUCACAGCAGGUCCCGCUCUGCAGACCAGCGGCCCACUAUAGAGCGCCACACGUCCCGCUCACGCUCCACUGAACGCCCCCACGACUCUUCGCUCAUGAGGUCCAUGCCUUCUCUGCCAUCUGGGAGGUCCGCCCCCCCCUCACCUGCCUUGACGAGGGCACAUCCGCGUAGUGGGUCCGUCCAGACCAGUCCCACAAGUACCCCUAUGUCCAGUAGACGAGGUCGGCAACUCCCACAGCUUCCACCCGCAGGCAAAGACAGAAAAGAUGGAGACGAAGGAACAGAGCCUUGUGAAGAAGACACGGACUCACCAAGUUGGACGAACUCAGGUAUGGACAUGGAGGAGAGGACCAGACAGAUGAAACUAAAGAUGAACAAGUACAAGCAGGGAGCUGGUUCUGACUCAAGACUGGAGCAGGACUACCACAAGCGUUCAGGCAGAGAUCCACGGGGCUCCGACAACUUGUCAGCCAAGUCGUCGGACAGUGAUGUAAGCGACGUGUCCGCUGUGUCGAGAACCAGUAGUGCCUCUCGGUUCAGCAGCACGAGCUACAUGUCUGUCCAGUCAGAAAGGCCGCAAGGAAACCGCAAGAUCCGCCAGUUGCGAUCGAGGAGCCAUUCUCGGGAGGGGGAUGAGCAGUUAGGAGAAGUGAGGGAGGAAGAGGAGGCAGGAGAAAAAGGCAGAGGGGCUAGUAAAGAAGGAAGGGUGCAGAGAGGGGGGAAGGAGUGGGAGGGAAAGGUAGACGCAGGCAAAGAGCAUCAGAAGGAUUUGGUGGAGAAAGAAGAGGACUUGCACCAAAGGAGUAUCUCAGAGACUGACCUCAGUGACUUUGCAUCCAAAAUGAAAAACAGGCAGAUGGGCUCAUCGGGUGGGAUGAACAUGACCAAGAGCACAAGCAUCAGUGGCGACAUGUGUAACCUGGAGAAGACGGACGGCAGUCAGUCGGACACGGCGGUUGGCACGGUAGGCACUGACGACAAGAAGAGGCGCUCCAGCAUUGGUGCCAAAAUGCAGGCCAUGGUUGGCAUGUCGCGCAAGAGCCGGAGUACCUCUCAACUCAGCCAAACAGAAGCGGGAGGUAAAAAGUUGCGCAGCACUAUCCAGAGGAGCACAGAGACAGGCCUGGCGGUGGAGAUGAGAAGCAGGAUGACUCGGCAGGCCAGCAGGGAGUCCACAGACGGAAGCAUGAACAGCUACAGCUCCGAGGGAAAUCUCAUCUUCCCUGGUGUGAGGCUGUCCUCAGAUGCCCAGUUCAGUGACUUCCUGGAUGGUCUUGGCCCUGCUCAGCUGGUUGGGCGACAGACAUUGGCUACUCCCCCUAUGGGAGACAUCCAGAUUGGCAUGGUGGAGAAGAAAGGUGCACUGGAGGUGGAGGUCAUCAGAGCCCGUGGCCUUGUGGGAAAACCAGGUUCCAAGGCACUGCCAGCACCGUAUGUAAAGGUCUACCUUUUGGAAAACGGAGUCUGCAUAGCCAAAAAGAAAACUAAAGUAGCAAGAAAAACCUUGGAUCCUCUUUAUCAGCAGCAACUGCCGUUUGAGGAGAGUCCAGGAGGGAAGGUUUUACAGGUCAUCGUAUGGGGUGACUAUGGACGUAUGGACCAUAAAUCAUUCAUGGGAGCAGUUCAGAUACUGUUAGAUGAGCUGGACCUGUCCAACAUGGUGAUUGGCUGGUACAAGCUCUUUCCUCCUUCCUCACUGGUGGACCCUACUCUGGCCCCACUGACAAGAAGAGCUUCCCAAUCCUCACUGGACAGUUUCUCUCGAUCAUAGCAGCGUGUGGACUGAUAGCGUUGUUGUAGCAGCCAGUGUUGCGAUUACAGGUCACGCCCCCCCGGUUACACUGCAUGCUUGAUGUUGUGUCUUCUGAGCCUGUUUCUAGGGGUGCAAACGUGAUCCUGUGUUUUGAGCAAAAACGUCACGCACACUGUGCAUGUGGCGAAGCGUAUCGCGAGCGCCUGGUAGCAGGGAUUGCCAGGUGUUGUUGUUGUUGUUUGGAGGAAGCCGGAAUGAACUCCUUAGCACGAGGAAUCCGUCUAUUCCAGGUUUUCAUCCAAUUCGAAGCCAUGGGGGUCAACACUGGGAACCUCUGAAUGAGUUCUACAGAAGCCCUUUUCGAAUGAAAAAUCUGUGUGUUGCUUGAUUUUAUUUUUUUUCCUGUGUCGUUUUCAUUUCUUUUAUUUACUUUUUUCUUUAAAUGUCAGUGUACUUGUCUCUGAAGGGGGUGACAGUGUUUCUAACCAGAUGCUUGGUCACGCCACGCCAACAGACCUAGCCGUGUUGAUGGAAUUUUUGAGACCAUCACUUUGGGUGAGGUGUGUCCCAGCUUGUAACCACACUCCCACAGACCCCAAAAAGAAAAAACCCUGCAUACUCUACAUAUAUCUACCCGUUCAACCCAUAUUGGUAAAGCACUGUAAAAGAUUAAUCAAAUGCCACUUUAAAGUGGCUGCCCUCAACACCCCCUUCCCCCAAAAAAUAAAUAAAUACAGUAACAAUCCAAACUCCAUGAAAAGAUGUACAAUCUUACCAUAUUUCUUUCUCUGUUGAUAUAUUGUAUGAAAAUUAAAUGAGAUUUUUCUUUUCCCUUUUUUUAGUUUCUUUGCAUGGACACAAA